GCAGAGGUAGAAUCGCUUUCACUUUCCACAGGGUAAAAAAACCACCCCAGGAAUUUGUGGAGCAGAACUUCUCAGUGCUUCCAGCCAGGAUGCCGCCUCAGUCAGGAGCCAGUGUAGUAAAGCCAGGGGUCCCACGGCUCUUCACCUGGGAGGAAGUGAGUCUCCGCACAGGCCAAGGAGACUUCAAGGAAGAGAGAUGGCUGGUCAUUGAUCGAAAGGUUUAUGAUGUUAGUCAGUUCUAUUUGCAGCACCCAGGUGGGUUUCGUCUCAUCAGACACUAUUCUGGACAAGAUGCCACGGAUGCCUUUACAGCUUUCCACAAGGAUAAGGACCUGGUAAAGAAAUAUUUGAAUUUCCUCCUAAUUGGAGAACUUGCUCCAGAUCAACCGUGCUGUGAGCCCACCAAAAAUGAAAUGCUGGUAAAGGAUUUUCAUGAACUGCAUGCAACAGUGGAGAAAAUGGGGCUCUUUAAGUCAAGAUUCAGCUUUUUUGCUUGGAUGUUUCUGCAUGCUUUCAUACUAGACAUUGCAUCUUGGUCUACUAUCUGGUAUUUUGGAAAAUCCUGGACGCCUUUCCUUCUUGGAGUAGCAAUGUUCACCAUUGGACAGAUCCAGUAUGGUUUUCUCCAGCAUGAUCUUGGCCAUGUGUCGGUCUUUGAAAAACUCAAGUGGAAUAAAGUAGCUCACUUUGUGGUGUUUGACAUUCUUAAGGGAGGGCCAAUGGGCCUAUGGAACCACAUGCAUAAUCAACAUCACGCCAAACCCAACUGCUUCCGCAAGGACCCUGAUAUCAACACACAUCCAAUGUUUUUCAGCCUGGGGAAGAAACUUUCCUUGAAGCUUGGAAAAAAGAAAAGGAAGUAUAUGCCUUACCAGUACCAACAUAAUUACUUCAUCUUGCUUGCCCCAUUGAUGUUUAUAAUUGGUACCCAAUUUCUGCCCUUUCGCUUUUUCCUUCUAAGAAGAAAAUGGUUGGAGCUGUUUACCUAUCUUUUCUUUUACUUCCGUGUCUGCCUCAUGUAUGUUCCUUUAAUGGGAUUUAAGAGCUUUAUGGCUUACUACUACUUAGCAAGGUACAUCGAAGCUUCAUGGUUUCUCUGGGUCUCGCAGAUGAAUCAUAUUCCAAUGAAUAUUGACUAUGAUCAGAAUUUAGACUGGUUCUCUGCCCAGCUCUCAGCAACAUGUAACGUGGAUGAAUCUCCAUUCAAUGACUGGUACACUGGGCACUUGAAUUUUCAGAUUGAACAUCAUCUUUUUCCAACCAUGCCUCGACAUAAUUAUUACAAGGUGGUUCCCCUGGUGAAAUCCCUGUGUGCCAAGCAUAACAUUAAGUAUGAAUGCAAGCCCAUGCUCACUGCUUUUGCAGAUAUAGUGCGCACCUUGAAGGAAUCAGGAAAGGUCUGGCACAAUGCUUAUUACCAGGAAUAAAAUCAAUACCAGUGAGGAAUUGGGAUGGCUGCACUGAAAGAACACCUGAACUUCUCUCUUAGCCUUUGUAAUUUAAAACAAUUUAAAUAAUAAUAGUUUUUUUUUCCUAUUGAUUGUUUUAUAAUGUUGUUGUAUGCCACCCAAUCAGUUUUCAUGAGAUGGAUAGCCUUGUACAGUUGAUGAAUAUAUAAAUAAAUAAUCUUGAAAAGGAAUCUUGUGCUAUUCUCCUAUUCUGGAUGGAUGGAUGGGUGGAUGGACAGAUAGACAAACAGAGAAGCAGAGGUCAAGAUGAUAAAUGAUCUAUUCGACAAAGAACCACCCAAGAUGUACUCCCAACUGCAGUGCAACACCAAAGGAACAUAAAAGCUGCCUGUCAGCAAGCCUGCUGCUUGCUGCCGUGGAAAUGUGGGGUGGGGUGGGGGGGCGUUCAGUGGAGAAUUUUCCUUUGCAGCUUUGAAACUACUGGUCUUAGUUUUGCUUAUCUCUUCAUGGUCAUUUCUUCUAGCUUUGGUAUGCAGCAGCCAGAGACAAUGUACUUGAAUCAAACUUUCUCAACACAUUUCCUGUCCAGUGCUUGCCCUCUGAUUGCCUGGAUACAAGGGGAUUGGGCUCUAUGGUUUGUUUCAAUUUCAUGCUUCGUGCACUUUUGCCUCAGAUCUUGCCUGAAACUUGUUGCAUUCAAUUCUCUCCUAGUAAAAGUACUUUUUCUCUAAA